UUCUUGGUUCAUUGUCCUUUUUCUCCUUUCAAGUUUAUCUUCACUUCUCUACUUGCGGUUUCCCUCUGCAUGCACUCUUCUCACUAGUCUUGCAGAGUUAAGGUAGGAUCUUUAGGAGGGGAAGCUUAGAGAGUUUGCCGCAGAGAUGGGGGAGAUUACCAACGUCACGGAAUAUCAGGCAAUUGCCAAGCAGAAGUUGCCAAAGAUGGUAUACGAUUACUAUGCAUCAGGUGCAGAGGAUGAAUGGACUCUGGCGGAGAAUAGAAACGCUUUCUCCAGAAUUUUAUUUAGGCCACGGAUUCUAAUUGAUGUGAGCAGGAUUGACAUGACCACCACCAUCUUGGGAUUUAAGAUUUCAAUGCCCAUCAUGAUUGCCCCAACUGCCAUGCACAAAAUGGCUCAUCCUGAAGGUGAAUAUGCAACUGCAAGAGCUGCAUCAGCUGCAGGAACAAUUAUGACGUUGUCAUCAUGGGCUACUUCCAGUGUUGAAGAGGUUGCAUCAACAGGACCAGGCAUCCGGUUUUUUCAAAUUUAUGUCUUCAGGGACAGGAAUAUUGUUGCUCAGUUUGUGCGAAGAGCUGAAAGGGCAGGUUUUAAGGCUAUAGCCCUUACUGUUGACCUACCUAGAGGGGGACGCAGAGAAGCAGAUAUCAAGAAUCGAUUUACUUUGCCACCAUUUUUGACAUUGAAGAACUUCGAGGGAUUAGACCUUGGCAAGAUGGACAAAGCAGAUGACUCUGGAUUAAUUUCAUAUGCUGCUGGUCAAACUGAUCGCACUCUAACUUGGAAGGAUUUCAAGUGGCUCCAGACCAUCACUUCAAUGCCCAUCCUUGUGAAGGGUGUCCUUACUGCUGAAGAUGCAAGAAUAGCUGUCCAGAAUGGAGCAGCUGGCAUCAUUGUAUCCAAUCAUGGUGCCCGUCAACUUGAUUAUGUUCCUGCAACUAUUAUGGCUUUGGAAGAGGUUGUGAAAGCUGCACAGGGUCGUGUGCCAGUGUUCUUGGAUGGAGGGGUCCGUCGUGGCACUGAUGUCUUCAAGGCCUUAGCCCUUGGAGCUUCUGGCAUAUUCAUUGGAAGACCUGUGGUUUUCUCCUUGGCUGCAGAAGGAGAAGCUGGAGUUAGAAAAGUACUUCAGAUGCUGCGUGAGGAAUUUGAGCUAACCAUGGCGUUGAGCGGCUGCCGGUCACUCUCGGAGAUUACUCGCAACCACAUUGUCACCGACUGGGAUGUUCCACGCCUUCUUCCUCCAGCAAGGCUUUGA